AUGAACUAUAACAAUAGUAGCAACUCGAAUACUAAGCGUUAAAAUAAGAAGAAUAAAGCAUUGAAGAAAUACAAUAUCCUAGGUUAAGAUGACAAACAGCAGAUUUUAGAGAGCUUACAAAAAGACUCUUCUCUUGAGAUGUAUUAAAUCUUAAGUGAGAAAUACAACACUUCAAUUAAAAACCUAAGGAGGUGGUAUCAAGAUGGAAUAGCUCGUAAACCUGGAUGUGGAAGAAAGAAACUCAAUACAAAAGCUGAAGAGGAACUAAGAUCAUGGAUCAUAAAGGAAAGUGUGGAAUUGAGAAGGAGAGUUAGGAGAUCUUAGUUAAAAUAGAAAGCUAUAGAAUUAUUUAACAUUCCCAACUUCAAAGCUAGUAAAGCUUGGUAGGAUGAAUUUAUCAGAAAUUUUGAUAUCAAAUAUUAGAAAGUAAAAUUUGAGGAGCAAAGAAGGAAGAGGCAGCAAUAAGUUUAAUCAGUUGAUUAGAAGUCAGAAAAGUAAGAAUAGCUUUAAUAAAUCUUUUCAUAAUAAGCGACGGAAAUACCACAAUCAAAAUUAGAAGUAUUGAAUAUACAACCAAAAGUUUCAGAUUUCAAAUUGGAAGAUUGGUCAUUUGAAAAGUAAGAAGACAUAAAAGAUUACUUGUCAGAAAUCUUUUCUCCAAAAUUAGAGUUUUUCAAUGAUGAGAAGUCAAAUUAGUAUUUAUUAUCUUCCUUUCUAGAAUUAUCUAAUCCAAUAUAAAGAAUUCUAGACAUCUAAUAUUUUUAUUAUCAUAUAAUUAUUUAAGUAUUAUUAUUAAAUAUAUAUAACAACCAAUUAAAUGGAGAAGGAUUGUAAUCAGCAUCCAACUUUUGUUAAAAUCCUAACAUUAAGAAUCCUGACUAAUUCCCAUAAGUAAUGGAGCAAUUCGAUCGAGAGUAUUUCAUAAAACUCAUUAAUAGCGUUUGUUAGAACCUUGGUUAGGCUUAUCCACAAGUCCCAAAAUAUUAGCAAUAACAAUUGAAUAUCCCACAAUAAAAUUCCUUGCUUGAUCAUUUUUCUCGAUAAACCCUGUUUGCAGAUUAAGGAUAAUUGUUAUAAUACUCAUAAACACUGGAAAAUGCUAGGAGCUAAUAAGAAAAUAGCAAACCGAUUUAACAAUAGCAUUUAUUGAUGGAUCAUAUGUUGGGCAAUCAAUUUGUGCCUGCUCCUAAUAAUUAUUUAGACUUUAAUGUGAAUUCAAACUAGUUAGGUUAAAUUAUUAAGUAGCCAACAUAUUUCAAAGACCCUCACGAUGUAAGCGAAUUCUAAAAGAGAUAAAUUCAAUAUCUAUAAGCGAUAAAUGAUCCUGCUCCUCCUGAAUAAGUCAAACUAUUCAAAUAAAACAUUUAACAAUUAGGAGGCAUUGAGGAUACUAUUGGGAACAUGCAAUAAACAUUAAACUAAUACGAAAUUAAACAUUUGAACAACAAGAAUAUCAAAUAUUAUCCAUUAUCCUCUCCUCCAUUGACUUAAGAAUAAAUAGAAUAUCAAAAGACAAUAUCCAGUAAUCCUCAUCCAUUUCUAUACAAUCCAGCAGAGGAUAAAGAGAGGUUUGUUUAUGGGCCAUUGAAACCAGCCUAAAAUAUAUAUGAAUAAUAAUAGACUCACUAAUCCUAGUUUUAUUGUAUCUAUUUAUAUUUAAUAAGAAACUUUACGUUAAUAAUACAAUUAAGAUUUCAAUUAGAUGUAAGAAAGAACUCAACCUUUAUAAUAAUAAGAUUAGGGUUACUAAUAGUAACAUACUUACUAGUAGUAGAAUCCAUAAUCAUACUAUUUUGA